AUGCCUACUACUGGAGUUGGUAGGGCAUUGAAGACUAAGAAGCUUACUCCAAAGUUUAUUAGACCAUACCAAAUUAUUCGACGUGUGGGUCCAGUGGCUUAUCAAAUUGCUUUACCACCGAAUUUGGCCAAUUUAUAUGAUGUGUUCCAUGUAUCACAAUUGAGGAAGUACGUGGCUGAUCCAUCCCAUAUUAUCGCGCCAAAUGAUAUUCAAUUGAAGGAGAAUCUUACCUUCGAGGUCCCACCGAUAAGCAUCGCAGACAGAACUACCAAACAUUUGAGGGGAAGGGAAAUUCCAUUGGUAAAGGUGAUUUGGAACAAGAUGACUGGGGAUGCUACUUGGGAGUUGGAGGAGAAUAUGAGGGAGCUUUACCCAGAUCUUCUAGAUACCUCUUAG